AUGAUUCGUUCCAAUUUUUGUCGAUUAACUUCUUUAAUUACGAAUAAAUGUGUUUUGAAUCCAAUAAAAACCUCCGCACUACAUUCUCCGUUAAAAUUUGCUAUCCGUAAAACAACAACAGCCGUUCAAAUUCGUUGUUAUGCGUCAUUGCCAUCUGUACAAAACAACUGUGAGAAACAAUCUGAAAAUGAACCUACUGGUAAAAUGCAGAUACAUUUUACUUGUACAGUGUGCAACACAAGGAAUAGUAGAAAGUUUUCAAAACUUUCAUACGAAAAAGGAAUUGUGAUCGUAGAAUGCGACGGCUGCAGUAACAACCAUUUGAUAGCUGAUAACCUGGGAUGGUUUCCAGAUACAGGAUGUAAAAAUAUUGAAGAAAUACUAUCUUCCAAAGGCGAAAAGGUCAAACGAAUAAAUGGAUGUUGGGAAUUAAGGUCAAAAUGA